GUGUGUGCGUGCAGGGCGUGUGAAAAGGAGAAUAAACUUCGAGAUACCUGAGCUGUUUGGCGGUGCAGAUAUUCUAACGGUUGUCAAAGCCGGAAGAAUACGAUGGCUGGGACAUGUCAUGAAGAUGCCGGACUCAUGCCAUGUGUAGAUCAUAACGGCAGAUCCCAUCCGGACUAUUUCGCUACGGAAAAAAAAUUGAGAUGAAACGACGACGUUGAUGCGUCUGCCAGAAAGGCGGAGAUAAUGGAUUAACAUACGACGUCGCUCAAUCGUGAAUAAAUAGAAAAAAAAACUAACCAAAAAGUCCUGAGUACCACGGACCAGAAUGGAAGAUCUGUCACAUAAAAUCGGCGUCGUAGCACAUCAUCGGGUCGCCCUAAACAAUACCUGAUUAAAAUUCGACUGAAUGAUCGUUCCUACUCUGAAGACUAAACUGCCAUCGAAGACUUGCUAUAAUCUGGGUCUAGAAUAUAGAACCUACAGCGUGUGCCUGGCAGCUUAUCAGUUUACAUAUUUGACUUUGGGUGUCUUCGAUCCUGACUCAUACGAUUAGGUAAGAUCAUUCCGUGUCGAACAGUGCAGUAAAGUGGACAUAUAAUUUAACGUAGGGAUUCCCAUUGAAAUAAUGAUGAAAAUCAAACCAACCAUCUUGUUAUUGGGCGUUGUGGCACUUUAUGCAGGUAAUAUAAAGUUCGCUUUACAUACAAAAGUUUACUCAAAUUUGAUGCUGAUGGUAACUGCGAUCUAUCGUUUCGAACGUAGUUGCAAUUGCUUCAUCGAUUGAUAGAGCGACUGAUUCCUCCUCGGAGGAAUCCAGCGAAACAGGCGUAAAAGAACUGCAGAAGAUGUGUCGCAACAAUAGUGGAUCCGAUGCAGCUUUUCUAGAGUUGAUGGAGUCCUUCCAAAGUGCGACGAAUUGCAGUUUUGCCGCCAUCGAUGUGGAAGGAUUUAUGUCGGAGGCGAAAACACUCUCGAGCGAGACCCUUACGACGUUCCUCUCUCGCUACUGUCCGCAGCUACAAGCAGCCUGCAACUGUACCGCAAAAUUGAUGAACAAUUUUCGGCCGUGUGUGGAUGAGGAUUACUUUAACAAAGUGUUGAAUUUCACCAGUUCACUGCCCGAUGCAGUGGAACAAGUGUGCAAGAAUGGUGGCGAGAAUUUGUUCGAGUUUGAUGAGCCAAAAUACACGGAAUCCUUCGGAAAGAUUUCCGACAGUAUUGACGAGUGUCUUACCUUCCUGAACGGGAGCAUGACGAGCGACCAGUGCCCCCAUUUAUACGAUUUCCAAAUGUGUUUGCUGGAUACGUUGAAGGUACCGAAGCUAUUCAGCAUGUACUAUCCGUUCUAUCUCCCGCUGUUCCCCACGACACCGUGCCGUAAUGUAAUUAACAUCUUAUUAGCGCAAUAUAAACAUCCUAAGUCUUCAUUUCUUUUCCUUUUACAGUUCGUGGACAUUCUAAAACUCGAAUUGGGACUAUCGACGAUGUUUUCUUUAGUCAAAGUGCUUUGGAAUAGUGAUUCGUUCAUUCAUGCGUCGAUUUAAUUCAUAUUGUCUUACGUUAUGAAAGUCUUGACACUUGCUUUGUGGAAGUAAUGAAUUUUUCCCAGAAUUGUUUUGUCGACUAUCGAAUUAUUUUUUGCUUGUAUUUCAGCGAUCUUGUGAAGGUUUGCGAUCUACGAAAAAAAAAUGUAACUUCACCCUGCACAUCUCGUUCCUUCAUAUCUUUUUCAUAAUAUGGAUAGGUUAUGCUCUUGACGAUGGAUGCUCAGCAGGACUCUUAUCUAUUUGUAAAAAUUACAAGAAGGUGUUCAUAUCUAUUUUCUGAUGCAUUUAUUGUGGAGCGGCCAGAACUAGACUUCUGUUAGACACUCCAACCUUUGUCUAAACGAAAUGAAAUAUUUUAUAUGCUAGACAAGUAAUAUAUGGCGAACACAAAGUGCGUUACGAUGUCUUCGCUGAAUAUUGAAUACUGAAUAAUUGAAUUGAAUAUUCAAUCAAGUGUAGCAUACCUGCUAUACAGCUUAAUUUCGAUUAUUAAACAAUUUUAAAUCACACCAAGGCUUAAGCUAUAUACCUUAGUGUAACUUCAGAAACUAUACAACUUUAUUCAUCAAAACACAAUUACUCGUAUUUUGGCAAAACCUUAAAAGAAAUAAAAGCAAACAAUUAUGCUCAAGAAGGUAGUGACGCAAACGUGUGCGAUAUGCGGCACGAAAGAACUUACAGGUGUUGUGUUAAGCUAAGUAAGCAGUUUUGCAUGAAACAAAAACAAACGCAAUCUGAAGCUAUUGCAUUAGCGCUGCGCGACAACGGUGUUUAUCGAUAUGACAAUUUUAAGCAUUUUUAUCGGAUCAAUAACCAGGGCAAUUGUGUUUCAAAGUUUACAAAAUAGAAUCAGCAGAAUCAUGAACA